AUGAAGCUCUCCGCUCUCCUCUCCCUCGUCCCCCUCGUCGCAGCCCUCCCCGGCUCGCGCUCCACCACCAAGGACGUCAACGCUCCCUUCGGCGUCACAGCCGCCCGCUCCGGCUCCCCCAUCCACUUCCUCCCCCUCACAGCCUCCGGCAGCAACUUCUACCUCGGCGGCAAGAGCGCCACCUACUGCCCCAGCGAGGUCGUGCCGGGCUGCAACGGCCGCACCAACGACACCAUCAUCUACGGCCAGUCCGCCCUGGAUGUCGUCGUCCCCGGCGGCCAGGCCAUCUACGUCGCCCCCACCGGCGCCCUGAUGUUCACCACCCCCCACUCGGGCUACAUCCCCGCCGGCUCAUCCCAGGGCCCCUUCCACUACGCCCCCGGCCAAUCUGGCAACCCGCUCGGCACCUGGACCUACACCGGCCAGGGCGCCGCGGGCUUCAUGGCUUGCCCCGUGCCUGCUUCCAACUCUAGCUCUAACGCUGCGGCCCGCCGUGCUGCUGCUGCCGCCCCGCCUUCUUGGCAGGUGUAUGCUGCCUUGCAGAACGCUACUGUGCCCUCUGGCAACGUUGGUGACUGUCUUGGCUUUGAUGCGCUUGCUGUUGGCUUGAAUGUUACUUCUGAUACCCUGGCUUGGGAGUACAUCUAA